CUAGGCGGCUUUGUUUCCCCUCCGGAAGGAAUUAAACGUUCCCCUCACCUCUGUCCGUUGCAGAUUGUUGUCCCCCGGUGUCCUUGGACAGCUGAGCCAUGGGGCUAAUUCCGGACGAGGCUCGGGUGUUGCCGCCGCCCUCUCUGGUGAACAGGGGCUCUGUGUACUUCGGCUUCCUGGGCUACCUGUCCUCCAUCCUGCACAACGCCAUCAACCACUACCCGGUGCUGCGGGCGGGUGUUCACCGCCAGCUCCUCUUCACCACCAUCGGUGUAUUUGUCGGGUAUCAUUUGACCAAAUACGAGAAUUACAAAUACGCCAAGCGGGAUCGUGAACUGUUUGACUACAUCAGACGGCAUCCAGAGAUAUUGCCACACAAAGACCCAAGACCCAUGGCAGAAGUCUACGAGAAAUUCUAUCCUGUUCGUUAAAUAAAGAUCUGCAAUAUUCCUACUCUUCACCGGAUUGUUCACACUUGUUUCCAGAACCAUGUCAUAUAUGUUCUUUAAAUCUGUAAUAAUAAAAUAAGACAUUAAACUGUU